CAGGAAGCGUGACGCUAAUGCUCAAACUGGAGGAAAUAGUGGUAUCUUUCCUAGCAGGAAACGUGACGCUAACGCUCAAACUGGAGGCAAUAGUGGUAUAUUUCCUAGCAGGAAGCGUGACGCUAACGCUCAAACUGGAGGCAAUAGUGGUAUCUUUCCUAGCAAGAAGCGUGAUGCUAAUGCUCAAACUGGAGGCAAUAGUGGUAUCUUUCCUAGCAAGAAGCGUGACGCUAAUGCUCAAACCGGAGGCAAUAGUGGUAUCUUUCCUAGCAAGAAGCGUGAUGCUAAUGCUCAAUAUUGA